GCACCUUCCUCCAAUGAUUUAGAAUUUAAAUAUGCCUUAUUGAAACAUCUCUUUAUAUUCUCCUCUCUCCUUCUCUGUUUCUUCCAAAAUAAAAUUUUAUUUUCGAAUCGAUACGCGUGACCAGACAUAAAUCUUCAUUUCCAUCUAUAUAUAUUAUUGUACAAGAUCAUGCCAUGUUUCAACAGUCCAACACUAUAAUGUCUUGACCCUUGUUAUAUUCUUGCUUCUUGUCUCAGAUACUAAAUAUUUAGAGGGAAUUUUUAUUGAGUCUGAAUUUGGAUUAUCUUCAAACAUGUCUUUUCCAUGGAAGAAGUUGAAGAAGACAAGUAUAUCUCAAUUGGUGAAGGACCAUAUUCAUUCUCAAAAACCUCUUAUGGUGGAAACUGGUUUCCCUUCUUCCCUUGUGGAUCUUUUUGUCAAGAAUCGUCGAAAGUUCAUGAAAACUUCCAAGAAAAAGAGGGCUCCUCCAGUGGUGGCUGAGCUCCCUUUAAGCUCUCUUUCGACUCCACCUUCCCCGGUAUGUUGCAUAAUUGAGAAGUCUGAGUUAAAGGGGUGUCAGGAAAAAGAUGAAAGGUUUGAUCUUGAUGAAGUUGUUGAUAAAAACACGGUGUUAGUCGCGCUUCUGAAGGUCUUUCUGGUGGUGUUUUUGGUUUUAGGAACAAAGAAACUUGUAAUGGGAAUAACAAUGUCAGCUUUCUUGUUGUACUUCAUUGAGUAUUCGGGUGAACGCGUAUAUAGAUGGAUCAUGACUGUUGCAGGAGCACAAAGGAGGAGUCUUUUGAUGGUACAGCAAGUCUGGAGAUCCUCUGGAGUCGAAAUGGUUGAGUUAGAAGAAAAAGAUUGUGUUUUCAAGAGGCGAUUACAGCAAGAAGAGUUAAGUUCCUCUGAGUCCAGUAGGUAUGAUAAUCUGAUACGUGAAGGAAUAGACUCAACAGAAGAAGAAUCGAGAAGUCAUGACUUGUUGGAAUCCAAGCGAAAGAAAUCUCAAAAAUCAAAGAUGAAGAGAUUUAUCGCAAAGAAGUUCAAAAGGAAGAUAAGUAAUCAGGUGAUCCCAGUAAGAGAAAUUGAUGUUAAAACUCAACUUGAUGGUCGAAAGAGCGCUGAAGAAGUACUUAAUGCAACCACUGUUAAGGUGUCUAGUUUAGCCAGAAAAGAGCAGAGUUCAGCUAGUAUUGAUCUACUUUUGGUUGUUCUUGUUGGCCUUACCGGAGGCCGGAUUUUCGCGCUUGUGUUUACAGUAACAUGGUGCAUGAUGUCAAAACAAGUUUUGCUCAAAACUUUAGUUAGAAUUUUUCAAUUUAUUUGUAGAAAGCUGUGAAUUGCAGACCAUUUACAUAGUUUAGUUUGCUUCUACUGAGAAGUGCUGCUUAAGCCUUAUAGCUGGAGAUUUUUGCAUUUUGUCUUGUGAAGUUUCUAAUACAAGAGAUUAUAUUGCAUUCAACAA